CUUUGAAAAAAAAGGACAUUUUGGUCCAAAGGGGAAUCAUUCACAGAAUUCUACACAACUACAGAAACACAAACACAGCUCUUUCCAACCUCUCUCCAUCGUCUCUUCUCCUCUCACAACAAUUGAUCAAUAGCCUUUUCUUCACUUCUUUCCCUCACAAAGCAAUACUCAUCUCUGUCGCUUUACUCGCCCAACUUCCAUCGAUUCAUCCAUCGCUCUCUGCUAAAUCACAAACUCAUGUCUCUAUUCUCUCUCUCUCCAAUGGGCAGAAUUAUUUUGUGCUGUCAAGUGUUUCUAUAUGUUUCUUUAUUCUAUGUGUCACUUUUUCUCUCUCAUAAUUUCUAAAUUUACACCCCCCCCCCUCCUUUUCUGACUUCAUUCCAUCUCUCUUCCACACCAAACUCCAUCCAAGUGGAGCUCUUCUUAAUUGCCAAGUUUGUGCUCAACGUCACUGGGUAUUGAGAUCAAUGAAGCAUUGCCACCGAGUAUAGAAGUGUCUGCAGAGUUGCACUCACUGUGUUUACUCUCUAGAAAGAGAGAAUGACCCUUUGGAUAAGACAAAAGAGAUCCAACCAUACCCAGUUGUCUCGGAAGCUUGCCUCUUUGCUCACUGUUGCUUUUAAAUCAUCCAACCAGUCAAAUCUAUCUUCAGAAACCAAUAGUGAAAUCAACAAGAUUAUCAGAAUUAUUAAUGAUCAUCCAUUUCCUGAUCAACCACUUCAACCUACCCUUCUUCAGUACACACCUCCACCUAUACUUUCCAACAACUUUGUGGAGAAUGUUCUUGGACGCCUCUUUGCAGCCCACUCCAAUGGUCUCAAAGCACUUGAAUUCUUCAAAUUUUACCUCCAUCAUUCACAGUUCUGUCCAAGUCCAGAUGCUUUUGAAAAGACACUCCACAUCCUUACGCGGAUGCGGUAUUUUGAUAAAGCUUGGGAACUGAUGGAAGAAAUCCAUCAAAAACAUCCUUCCUUGCUCACCCUUAAGUCUAUGAGUAUAAUGUUGUCAAAAAUUGCAAAGUUCCAAUCUUUUGAAGAUACCCUGGAGGCAUUUCAAAAAAUGGAGAAUGAUAUAUUUGCUGGGAGGAAGUUUGGUACCGAUGAGUUCAAUGUAUUACUUCAAGCAUACUGCACACAGAGGCAGAUGAAGGAGGCACACUCAGUGUUCCUAAAGAUGCAUUCUCGAUUUCCACCUAACACCAAGACCAUGAAUAUCUUGCUCUUGGGGUUCAAGGAGUCAGGCAAUGUUACUGCAGUAGAACUGUUUUAUCAUGAAAUGGUUCGAAGAGGUUUUAAGCCAAAUAGAAUAACUUAUAAUAUCAGAAUUGAUGCUUAUUGUAAGAAAGGUUGCUUUGGUGAUGGUCUAAGACUUCUUGAAGAAAUGGAACAGGUGAAUUGCUUGCCAACGUUGGAAACAAUUACUACUCUGAUUCAUGGAGCGGGAAUUGUCCGAAAUACAACCAAGGCACGGCAAUUGUUUGAUGAAAUUCCUUUGAGGAACCUACACCCUGAUACUGGGGUUUAUAAUGCUUUGUUGAGCUCACUUGUUAGAUCAAAAGAUCUGCAUUCUGCAGUUGCUCUGUUGGAUGAAAUGGAGGAGAAACGUAUGAAGUAUGACAGUAUGACCUAUCAUAUCAUGUUCUUUGGAUCAAUGAGGUCAAAUGGCAUUGAGGGUGUUUGUGAGCUAUACCACAAGAUGGUUGAGAGAAAUUUUGUGCCCCAAACACGAACAGUAGUGAUGUUAAUGAAAAUUUUCUGUGAAAAUAGUCAGGUUGAUUUGGGUUUGAAUUUAUGGAAUUACCUUGUGGAAAAAGGAUAUUGUCCUCAUGGGCAUGCAUUGGAUCUGCUUGUGACAGGAUUGUGCUCUCGGGGGAGGGUGCAAGAAGCAUUUGACUGCUCCAAACAAGUAUUGGAGAGGGGGAGGCAUAUAAGUGAAGCAGUAUUUCGGAUGUUGGAAAGAUUUUUGUUGCAGACAGGUGAGGUAAACAAGUUGAGUAAACUUCAGAGGAUGAUGGAAAAACUACAUGAUAUUUUGCCCCCAUCAAUAGGGCAUGCUGUAGGUAUCACUGCUUCCACAGAUAUACAUUAAUAAAUAUGGUUAUGCCCUAUUAUACUUAUCAUGAUUCAUCAAAAUUUGUUUUAAUUCAUGGAUGAAUUACUUUUUUCU